CUGAGGGCGGAAAUAAACACGGAAGUGUUUUGAGAAAGCGAGAACGACACGUAUUCGGUGCGCAUUUUCACCCUGUACCUGAGCCAAAAACAACUUAAAUUGAAUACAUUUCAGACUGCAGUACAUUUCAGUUUGUUGGUUUAGUGUUUCGGUCCUAACGGUCUGAAUGGAGAGAAGAAGAGGUGCGGUUUUGGCCACGGAGCGAUAUGGCAGUGCAGAGUCCUGGAAGUAUGUUGCAAAGGAUGCAGUCAUGGAGAGGACGAGAGAUGCGAGUGAAGGUGUAUCGAGAGGAAACUCUCUUUUUGCAGUUUUUAAAUGUGUCUUUCUGCCUCAAGGCUACCCAGAGAGCGUCAGUGAUGAUUACCUGCAGUACCAGUUUUGGGAUACUGUGCAGGCUUUCUCCAGCUCUCUGUCAGGGACUCUGGCUACUCAGGCUUCUCUCAGAGGCGUUGGUGUUGGAAACCAAGAGGCAACAGUAGCUGCAGCCACAGUCACCUGGCUACUAAGAGAUGGAACUGGCAUGUUGGGAAGAAUACUCUUCGCUUGGCAGAAAGGGAGUAAACUGGACUCUGAGGCCAAAAAAUGGAGGCUUUUUGCUGAUGUUCUCAACGACAUCGCCAUGUUCAUGGAAAUAUUGGCCCCAUACUUUCCUGGUUGCUUCACCGUGAUUGUCUGCACAGCAGGAAUAUUCAAGUCUCUUGUUGGGGUGGCGGGCGGAGCGACCCGAGCGGCUCUGACUGUUCACCAGGCUCGCAGAGACAACAUGGCCGACAUCUCUGCCAAAGAUGGAAGUCAGGAGACUUUAGUGAAUCUGGCUGGACUGCUGGUCAGUUUGAUGCUCAUCCCCCUCGUCACUGAUAAUCCGAUACUGACCGUCAGCCUCUUCUUCCUCUUCACCGCCCUCCACCUCUUUGCCAACUACAAGGCGGUGCGCUCCGUUGUCAUGGAAACGUUGAACGAGGCCCGGCUUUCGAUUGUGCUUCAGCAGUACCUGAAAGACAGAAGGAUCCUGAGUCCAACGGAGGCCAAUCAGAGAGAACCGGUUUUAUUGGAGUUUAGGAAAACUGGGCCAAUCAAACUUGGAGUGAGGCUACAGGAGGUUAUAGAAAGCCCAGAGGAUCUGACUUUGGCUUUGAAGGAAAACACCAUGCCUUUCCUUGUGGGAGUUCGAAAUGGCUGUGUUUGUGUUUGUCUGGCACCGGAAGCAUCCGUGCGUGAUGAAAUCAGAGCCAUGUGCCAGGCUGUGUGGCUCCGGAGCAAGUUGAGCAUCCCAACUUCCAGAGACCCUCCGAUGCAAAGUAACUGGGAGAUGGUACAUGAGAGUCACAAGCUGAUGGACACGAUUUUCAAUCCAUUUCUCAAAGGUGUGGAAGCUGCAGGAUGGGACAUCACACGGACUUUACUGGACUGGGAUGAGUGGAGGGUCGAGUGGAAAACAAAGAGCUACUGAGCUCUUUGACAUCUGCAGUUUGCAUUGAUUAUCAGCGUUUCUAACGUUGAUCAGACACCUAUGUUUUUAUGUAUCCUUUAAUUCAUUGUGUGUAUUAUAAAAGGAAAAGAAUAUGUUUUCAUGAAAAUAUUUCGAUUUUUUUACAGGUUUUUUAUGUAAAAUAAAUGUACCCGAGUACAAAUGUAUCAUACGAAUAAAAGUAUAACUGACUGCU